AUGCGCUCACCGGCUGCCAUUCUUCGUCAGCAGUGCCCCAAGUCGAAUCUUUUCCGUUCUCGAGGGAAUGGGGAGUGGGUUCAUCGAUAUCUCCACAGCCUCCCCCGUCUUAACUCCCUCCGUCGCUUUUCUUUCCCCACAAGUUCCCUUUUUCUCCUUGCUCGCGCCCUCGUCGUUUUCCCAACAACUCUUUCUGCCCCUUCCUAUUGAAUACUGGAAGGAGGAAGGAGGGGGAGAGUGACAGGGAGAAGGAAAGUGCGUUCUUUGCAUGACGAUAGCUUCCAAGUUCUUCUACUGCCGGAGGACGUCUGCCUCCAGCAGGAGCUCGGAGCAAGAGCUGGAUCGCGUCAACGCGGAUCGAGACCGCCGCCUUCGUCGUGACCGCCGCAACAGCCACGAGGAGCGCCGGCCUGAUGGCCCUUCCCGCGCUCGGCAGCUCCUCCACCCCCGCUCCGACCGAACGCAUUUUUUUAGUGAUAUGGAAGCAUUUGUGUUCGCACCCCUGUUCUCCGGCUGUUUUCACUAUUUUGCUUGAUGUAGAAUCAUCAUCUGCGCAAGUACAGCCACAUGAAUCGAUUGGACCGAACAAAAGCACUAGCGAACUUGAAGAAGGCAAUAGCAGGAAUCAUCGGUAUGCAUCCGGUAGAGUUGUUCGGUCGUCGAGAGUGCUUGGAGACGAGUUCCAUGAUCAUCUUCCUGAUUCUGUCCUGGAAGCUAGAACUCGACUUCAAGAGAGACUGAAAGGUGUUCAUCUAACGGGGAGCAGGCGAGAGAGCCGAGCCGCAGACAUCUCUGAUCAUCCUCCUGCUGAAGUAUCGAACGUGAGUAAAUGCAAUCACUGGAAAACUGCAACCGCCUCCGAUCAGCUGAAAUCCGGUGAUCCAGCUGCUGAAAUUAUAUUUCAAGCAGAGCAGGUAUCAUCUUCCGGUGAUAUAAACAAAAAGCCAUGUGUACUCGGUCAUCGUCCGAAGGAUGAGCUGUUCAUCGACGCAGACGGCGAUGGAAUUCCUAAAGGGUUACUCGAGUGUUCUAUAUGUCUGGAGAAGUUCUCGGAGGGGGAAGGAGUGAUCCGACUGCCGUGUGGGCAUAUGUAUCAUCAUGCUUGCUUAGAACCAUGGAUGCAGGCUCAUCAGCUUUGCCCAUAUUGUCGAGCAAGUGUCGUAGGCUGACCAUAGAACAGAAGUCAAAACUUUUUUAUCAUCCAAAGUGUACGCUUGUCUGUUGUCUUAAAUAAUAAUAAUAAUAAUAAUAAUAAUAAUAGUGUA